ACCACGGCGCGGGGCCGCAGCCUCGGGGCCCGGCCUCCCCCAGCCCCCGCCUCCACCCCCGCCCCCACGGCCGGGAGGAGCCAGCCCCGCGCCGAGGCAUGCCGGGCCCCUGAGCCGCGCCGCCGCGGGGGCCGGCUCGGCGGGGCCGGCAGCGAGCGGGCGGCAGGCCCCGCCGUCGCCAUGAAGAGCCCCCGGGAGGCUGGGGAGCCGCCGCCAGUUGACUGCAUCCAGCUGAAGGUGCCAGUUAUUCAGCAGUUGUACCACUGGGACUGUGGGCUGGCCUGCUCCAGGAUGGUGCUGCAGUACCUGAAUCAUUUGGACAACGAUGAAUUUCAGAAAGCCAUCCAGGAGCUCCACUUAACAAAGAGUAUCUGGACUAUUGACCUGGCCUACCUAAUGCGGCACUUUGGUGUUAAGCAUAAGUUUUGCACCCAGACGCUUGGAGUAGACAAGGGCUACAAAAAUCAGUCAUUUUACAGGAAGCACUUUGACACAGAAGAGAAUCGAGUGAAUCAGCUCUUUGCACAAGCCAAAGCCUGCAAGGUGCUGGUAGAGAAGUGCACAGUAACUGUUCAAGACAUCCAAAAUCACCUGUCCCAAGGUCAUGUAGCCAUCGUCCUAGUGAAUGCAGUCCUGCUAUUGUGUGAUCUGUGCUCAAGUCCUGUCAAAUACUGCUGCUUCCUCCCCAUUGGACAAAAGUGCUUCUGCAGGAAUCCUGACUACCAGGGCCAUUUCAUUGUAUUAUGUGGCUACAACAAAGCCUCAGGGAGUAUUUACUACAACAACCCUGCCUAUGCUGACCGAACAUGCUGCACCAGCAUCAGUAACUUUGAGGAAGCCAGGACAAGUUACGGCACUGAUGAAGAUAUUCUGUUCAUCUACACAGACAGCUGACAUCCACAUCUGAUACUUCUGGUCCUUUCCUGUGCAGCCUGUGUGGCAGCUGGCUGCUUGUCUCAGGACUCCCCCUGCAGAGACCUUGCUCCUGAACUGCAGGGGGAUCUUAGCAAGGGAGGCUUUAUAGACGUUGAUAGGACUUUAUUGCAAUGCUGUCUUUACCUUAUUUUUCUGCUUAUGUAUCUGAUUUUGCAAUGUAUGUUUUAGGUUUGUUUUUAUGUUUUGGUUUGGUUUUUUUCCCUCAUUUUCAAUAUUGCACACUUGACAGCAGUUUUAAAAUACAGGCCCAAGAGCCUCUUCACUCUGAGCUUAUUUUCAAAUUAAACACAUGAGAAAAAAGCACCAAAUUUCUGAACUUCAACACUUGGUAAUACAUGCAUAGGUUUAGGUAAACAAAACCAUGGGAAAAAACAGAAAAUACUUUUUUCUCUCUCUGUCAAAGCAUAAAGGGCUGAUCUUCAUCCUAAAUCUACGGAUUUGAGGUUCAACAGGGUAUUAUGGAAGGAAAAAAAUAGUAACUUAACCACUUUUAAAAUCCCUUGCUGGCUCAUCAGUAUUGUCCACAUUGUAGGAAUGAAACACAUUUACUCAAGGAAACUUCCCAUGUACCAAAUUCACCUUACACAGAUUUAGCAUUUAUGCCACUGCAUUAGAUUUUGAAUUGUAGUUACUGGUAUCGUUCCCUUGUACUACAAACUCAAUCCCUUUUGGCUAAGUCCUUUAGAAUUACUACUCAGAGCUUUGUAUUGGCCCAAAAGUUUAAAUGAAGGUAUUUUAUUUGUACCUACAAGUCUUUAUAUUCUUUGCAAAAACCUCUAAAUGUUACGUCACCCAUAUGUGCCCCUUUCUGCAGAAUCCAUUCUAAAUAUAAACUUUAAAAUUAUUAGGCAAAUACAGAAAGUGAUCAUCCACAUUAAUGGUAUACAUCUUGUGUGCAAAUUGUAAAUAUCUGACAGCAUAUACCGGAUUGUAAGUAAAAUGUUGCAACAGGUUGCCCAGAGAGGUGGUAGAUGCCCCAUCCCUGGAAACAUCCAAGGCCAGGUUGGACGGGGCUCUGAGCCACUGAUCUGGUUGAAGAUGUCCCUGCUCACUGCAGGGGGGUUGGACUAGAUGACCUCUAAGGGUCCCUUCCAACCCAAACCAUUCUAUGAUUCUAUAAUUUGAGCCAAAUUUUGCUAUUGGUUCAGUGACCUAAGAAGAGCUGAAAUUAAUUCAGAAAAGAGGGAAUACAAACAUCUCUGCUACAAGUAAAAAGGCAGGAACUCAGAUCUUCUAGCUCUUAUACUACAGCUGUAUUUAGAUUAAGUUCGAGUUCCUGUAUUCAGACAUUAGCAAGUGAAACUGUUAGCAGCCCAUUCACAAUCCUUUCCUCUAUUACCUGGGUUUAAUUACUUUGCGGAGGAGCACUGUAAAGUGUAAGAGAUAGCCACCUAUUUCAGAUUCAUCCAUCACAAUUUCUUACAAGUCUUGAUCUUCAGUCCUGCCUAUGUGGAAGGGGGUAGAAAAAUCAAUACUGAUGUAAAGCUAGUAAAAUUUUAUUUUGCACUGAAGACCAAGAUCUCACACCUUUAGCAUGGUUUUAGGAAAUUAACCGUUCAAAAUCUGGGACUGGGUGGAGUAACAGUAAAAAGACAUUACCAUUUAGUAGUGGAAAUAAUAAAUAGUAAUCUACUUUCAGCGUGGUAAAAAGUUUUUCUAAGAGAAAACAUUUUCUUUCAUCAGUUGGUGACAUACUGAAAAGUAUCUGGAAAGCAUUCAGUAAGUAUGCUUAGUAGAAUCAGGAGUGUGCCUUUGCACAAAGGCUGAAAAUAGUAACAGACAUUUAAAAUGCAGUGCCCUUUAAAAAGUUCCAAAGAGAAAGUAUGUGGUAAGGAAUUUUCAAGUGUAUCAAAUUUUGCUUAUCAUUGGGGAAGCUGGAACACAUUCUGGCACUUACACUUGCAAAAUGAGUAAAAAGUAGGAUGUGAUUUGUGAGCAGUAGAACCAGUACUUAAGUGCCACCAGCAGAAUCCCAGAAAAAAGGUCCAAACCCUGUUAUAGAUAAUGCCUUCCAGCUCCUCCAGAGUCAGGCACCAGAAGGCUACCGUUCUGGGAAUUUUUAUGUCCACGUUCAAAUUCGUGAUGUUUGAUUUAGAGAGAUUCUUGUUAGCUAUGUUACUAAUUAACAGGUGUGUAAACUACAAGUUGGAAGGGUACUUACUUAACCCAUGCAUUUUCAGGUAGGUAGUUCAUUCAGUACCAUUAAACUGCCACGGGAUAUAUUUUAGAGCAGGCUUGGUUAGCUAAAUAAAAACAAUUCUUACAAAAGGCUUAUAACUAACAUUUGGCCUCUUACUGGUUCAGUUCUCCAAGUACAAAUCUUGAGCUCAGAUGUAAAACAUGAAGCUAAGGGCAUGCUAAGUGUUCUGAAGUACACAGAUAGGUGUAACAAUAUUGACUGUUAAAUGUUUGGUACCCAGGGUUUAAAUACUUCAACAAAACUGAAAGAUAAAGAAACAAAGCUGUUUAAGCUAAUACAGACUAAAGCGAGAGCUCCACCAUUGUGACAGGAUCUCUUACAGCUGCCAAAUGGAAGAUAGCUAUGAGAGAUGAAAAUGCACGGAGGAAGACGCAAAAGCCAAGUGAAGAGACUGAGUAUUUGCAUGACACAAAUUCAAAUUAAAAAGGAGCUCACUGCACAAGCAUUCAGAACACCUGUGUUUUCUGAAACUUUGUUUCCCAUUAUGAGAUUGUCUAUCAAAAUACUAAUUCUGAAAAUGUUUUGUCACUUCAUUUCCUUCAUGAUGUCAAUAGCAAAGGAAGGGGUAUUUUACAUGCAGGGAUUUUAUACAUAAAUAUAUUUUUAUUUGUAAUUAAGCCAUUCUCAAUAAAGGUUUGCAGUCACAGAUAA